CCCUCAGAGGAGGUAACACUGAGGGAAGAGGCGGCGGCCGCACAGCACUCGGGGGGACGGAGGAGGAUAAGGAAGGGGAGAGGAGGAAGAAGGGGAGGAAGGAGCGGUGGCUCUCGGCGGAUCCUGGUGGCUCCCGGGAUCAGACGAGAAUCUCCAAUUCAUUGCUUGCUGAGUGUCCUGUCUGGUGAAAGUCAUGUCUAUAUUGCCAUUCACUCCACCAGUUGUGAAGAGACUUCUGGGGUGGAAAAAAUCUGCUGGUGGCACUGCAGGGGCUGGUGGUGGUGAGCAGAAUGGUCAGGAGGAAAAGUGGUGUGAGAAAGCAGUGAAAAGCUUGGUCAAGAAGCUAAAGAAAACAGGACAGCUGGAUGAGCUUGAGAAGGCAAUUACCACUCAGAAUUGCAAUACAAAAUGUGUGACAAUACCAAGCACUUGCUCUGAAAUUUGGGGACUGAGUACACCAAACACGAUAGAUCAGUGGGAUACAACAGGCCUUUACAGCUUCUCUGAACAAACCAGAUCUCUGGAUGGCCGUCUGCAGGUGUCUCACCGCAAGGGACUGCCACAUGUCAUUUACUGCCGCCUGUGGCGCUGGCCAGACCUUCACAGCCACCAUGAACUUAAGGCAAUUGAAAACUGUGAAUAUGCUUUUAACCUUAAAAAGGAUGAAGUAUGUGUAAACCCUUACCACUACCAGAGAGUGGAGACGCCAGUCUUGCCUCCCGUGCUUGUGCCACGGCACACCGAGAUCCUAACGGAGCUGCCACCUCUGGAUGACUAUACCCAUUCCAUUCCUGAGAACACUAACUUUCCAGCUGGGAUUGAACCACAGAGCAAUUACAUACCAGAAACACCUCCUCCAGGAUAUAUUAGUGAAGAUGGAGAAACAAGUGACCAGCAGCUGAACCAAAGCAUGGAUACAGGAUCUCCAGCAGAGCUGUCUCCUAGUACUCUCUCUCCAGUUAAUCACAGCCUGGACUUGCAACCAGUUACUUACUCGGAGCCUGCGUUUUGGUGUUCAAUAGCAUAUUAUGAAUUGAAUCAAAGAGUGGGAGAAACCUUCCAUGCGUCUCAGCCUUCCCUGACUGUAGAUGGCUUUACAGAUCCAUCAAAUUCAGAGCGAUUUUGUCUAGGUCUGCUUUCCAAUGUAAACAGAAAUGCUACAGUGGAAAUGACGAGGCGACAUAUAGGCAGGGGAGUGCGUCUGUAUUACAUUGGCGGAGAAGUUUUUGCCGAGUGCCUGAGUGAUAGCGCGAUCUUCGUUCAGAGCCCCAACUGUAAUCAAAGAUAUGGCUGGCAUCCUGCAACUGUCUGCAAAAUUCCGCCAGGAUGCAAUCUAAAAAUCUUUAAUAACCAAGAAUUUGCUGCUCUUCUGGCUCAAUCUGUGAAUCAGGGCUUUGAAGCAGUUUAUCAGCUUACUAGAAUGUGUACCAUAAGAAUGAGCUUUGUUAAAGGAUGGGGGGCUGAAUACAGGCGGCAGACGGUAACAAGCACUCCUUGCUGGAUUGAGCUUCACCUGAACGGGCCUCUACAGUGGCUGGACAAAGUAUUGACUCAGAUGGGCUCCCCUUCAGUUCGCUGCUCCAGCAUGUCCUAAAACUCUCCUCUGUCACCAGUGGGCUAAAAACAGAGUCCAGUCAACAGACUUAAUAUAACAGCUCGUCUGUCGUAGUAUUUGUGUGUGGUCCCCAUGAACUGUUUACUAUCUAAAAAGGUUUUUUAAAAAGAAAAAAAAAAAGAAAAAGAAAAAAAAAAGAAAAGAAAAAAGAAAAAACAGCACUUGAGGUCUCAUCAGUUAAAGCACCUUGUGGAUUCUGUUUCCUAUACUCUGAUUCUAGAUGAAAAUUUAGUGUAUAGAAAAGCCUUCUUCAGAAAGAA